AUGGCUAAAGCAGAGUUCAUGUCGCCCAAGGAUAUUGGCAAUCGUAUGAAGUCCAAAGGUCUUCAAAAGUUGCGAUUCUAUUGCCAAGCUUGUGAGAAACAAUGUAGAGACGAAAACGGCUUCAAGUGUCAUACUAUGUCUGAAUCGCAUCAACGACAAAUGCUACUGGUAGCGGCAAAUCCUGGCAGAUUUGUUCAUAACUUUUCAUCAGAGUUCAAAAAAGAGUUUUUGGGCAUCCUGUCUCGCCGUCAUGGCACCAAACGAGUGCUGGCAAACAAGGUGUAUCAGGAAUAUAUUGCCUUCAAGGAGCACAUUCACAUGAACGCAACCAAGUGGAACUCAUUGAGCGAGUUCUGUAAGCAAAUGGGUAGAGAAGGUAUUUUGCGUGUGGAUGAAGCUGAAAGAGGAUUGUACAUUACUUGGGUUGAUAAUAGUCCAAAAGCCCUUGCCAGGCAGGCUGCAAUUCAAAAGAUGGACAGAGCCAAGAAAGACGACGAGGAAAGAGAGCUGGAAUUGCUGAAAGAACAGAUCGAAAAGGCAUCCAAGACUGCUGAGGAGCGUGGCAUUGUGGAGCAGGAAGCAACGGAACUGAAAAGAGAUGGCGAGCAACCGAUUAAAUUAAGUUUGAACAUGAAACCAACCACGAUAGCCGCUGAAGCACCCAAAUCAACUGGAUCCAAAAUGAUGUUGGGAGGCAUGAAGAAGAGAACCGGUCUUUCAGCAUUAGCUAAGAAAUCAAGCUCCUCAUCGACAGCAGCUCCCACAGCAUCAUCGACUUCAAGUGGAAUGAAGAUGGGAAGCAUGAUGAUGAAACGCAAGAGCAACACUGAUCAAGAUCAAGAAGACUCCAACAAAAAGAUCAAAGUUUAA